UCGAAUCAGCCCCGCGUCUCCUCAUGCGGAGACGGGGAGCAGCGAGAUGCCGCCGCGGGCGCCGCCGCCGUUCCCUUCCCUGGACGCCUUCUACCUCCACCACCUCCGCUCCUGCGCCUCGCUGCCCCAGGCCGCCGCCGUCCACGGCCACAUCGCCCGCGCCCACCCUUCCCCUUCCCUGUUCCUCCGCAACACGCUCCUCGCCGCCUACUGCCGCCUCGGCGCCGGGGACACCCACCAGGCCCGCCGCCUGCUCGACGAAAUGCCCCGCCGCAACGCCGUCUCCUUCAACCUCCUCAUCGACGCCUACUCCCGCGCCGGCCAGACGGAGGAAUCCCUGGAGACUUUCUUGCACGCGCACCGUGCUGCCGAGGUCAAGGCCGACCGGUUCACCUACGCGGCGGCGCUCGCCGCGUGCUCGCGGGCUGGGCGCCUGAAGGAGGGCAAGGUCGUGCACGCGCUGGCCGUCCUCGAAGGGCUCGCCGAGGGAGUCUUUGUUUCCAACUCGCUCGUCAGCAUGUAUGCCAGGUGCGGUGACAUGGGCGAGGCGAGGCGGGUGUUCGACGUCACCGAGGAGCGGGACGACGUCUCCUGGAACUCGUUGGUCUCAGGGUACUUACGCGUCGGUGCGCACGAGGAGAUGCUGCGGGUGUUUGCUCUGAUGCGCCGGUGCGCGAUGGGCUUGAAUUCUUUCGCUCUCGGCAGCGUCAUAAAGUGUUGUUCUGGUGGCGAUGGCUCUGUUAGGGGCAUUGCGGAGGCAGUUCAUGGAUGCGUGGUGAAGGCUGGGUUGGACACCGACUUGUUUCUUGCGAGCGCGAUGGUUGACAUGUACGCCAAGAGAGGCGCCUUGAGUGAAGCUGUUGCGCUGUUUAAGUCGGUGCUUGAUCCCAAUGUGGUUGUGUUCAAUGCCAUGAUUGCGGGGCUGUGUCGUGAUGAGGCUGCGGUUCACAAGGAAGUCGUGAGAGAAGCGCUGAGUCUGUAUUCAGAGUUGCAGAGUCGAGGGAUGGAGCCUACUGAGUUCACAUUCUCCAGCGUCAUACGAGCAUGUAACCUGGCAGGUGACAUUGAAUUUGGAAAACAAAUACAUGGGCAAGUGCUCAAGCACUGUUUCCAGGGAGAUGACUUCAUUGGGAGCGCACUCAUUGAUUUGUACUUCAACUCUGCUUGUAUGGAAGAUGGAUUCAGGUGUUUCAGAUCUGUUCCUAAGCAAGAUGUCGUCACCUGGACAGCGAUGAUUUCAGGUUGUGUACAAAAUGAGCUCUUUGAGAGGGCACUGGCCUUGUUCCAUGAAUUAUUAGGUGUUGGAUUGAAACCUGAUCCUUUCACUAUAUCCAGCGUGAUGAAUGCAUGCGCCAGUUUGGCUGUUGUAAGGACUGGCGAGCAGAUGCAGUGCUUUGCUACAAAAUCUGGUUUUGAUCGAUUCACUGCCAUGGGAAACUCCUGCAUACAUAUGUAUGCUAGGUCAGGGAAUGUUGAAGCUGCAAUUCAGAGGUUUCAGGAAAUGGAAUCACAUGAUGUCGUCUCUUGGUCUGCAAUAAUAUCAAGCCAUGCACAGCAUGGCUGUGCAAGACAGGCUUUACAGUUUUUCAAUGAAAUGGUGGGUGCAAAGGUGGUGCCAAAUGAGAUUACUUUUCUUGGUGUCCUUACUGCAUGUAGCCAUGGGGGAUUGGUUGACGAGGGACUCAGGUAUUAUGAAAUCAUGAAAAUGGAAUAUGGGUUGUGCCCAACAGUAAAGCAUUGCACAUGUGUUGUUGAUCUCCUUGGCCGAGCUGGGAGACUGGCUGAUGCUGAGGCUUUUAUAAGGGACUCAAUUUUCCAUGAUGAACCUGUUGUCUGGCAGUCUCUACUAGGAUCAUGUCGUAUUCAUCGAGACAUGGAGAGGGGUCAACUUGUUGCCGACAGGAUAAUGGAACUACAACCUGCUUCCUCGGGGUGCUAUGUAAAUCUGUACAACAUGUACCUGGAUGCUGGGGAGCUCUCCUUAGGUUCAAAAAUCAGAGAUCUGAUGAAAGAGCGAGGUGUGAAGAAAGAACCUGGUCUUAGCUGGAUUGAACUAAGGUCUGGAAUUCACUCUUUUGUUGCCGGUGACAAGUCCCAUCCAGAGUGCAAUGCAAUAUACACGAAACUGGCUGAGAUGCUUUCCAAGAUUGAUAAAUUGACAACCACCGAUACUUCCUGCAUAGAGUGGGUUGAAACCACUGGUAGAGAGCAAAAUUGGAUGAAUUGCCACAGCGAGAAACUAGCUGUGGCAUUAGGAAUUAUUCAUUUACCACAGUCAGCACCUAUACGAGUGAUGAAGAACUUGAGAGUCUGCCGUGACUGCCAUUCAACUAUGAAGUUGAUAUCGAAGAGCGAAUGUAGAGAGAUAAUCUUGAGAGAUGUGAUUCGCUUCCAUCACUUCAGAGAUGGCUCAUGUUCCUGUGGUGAUUACUGGUAAUGACCAGUUCAGGUAAAUAUGACACAUUGUCAUGCCUAUUGAUCUACCGCAGUUAUGAUUCAAAAACAGUUCUCGGUGAUGAGUAAUUUCAGAAGGAACUGUAAGAUGGAGACAUGUGAAAUCGACACGGGUCAUUGUUUCCUGAGAUGUACUUGACAUAAUGGUUAUGGGCUCUUUACCGUGGGUUACAGGAGAGAUAUGCUGCAGUCUUGUGUUCCCUGAUUUAACCAACGAAGCAAGUCAAGGGCUACCAGUUUUAAGUCACCUGAGAGUAGUUUGUACAGAUGAGUGAUAUCUCGUUUUUCUAGUUUGUUGAGACAGGUUUCAGCUAGAGUUUUGCUGGUUCUACCAUUUUAUAUGAACUUGACGUUGUACACAUACACUUCUCUGUUUUCCCCAGAAACUAUUUAGAUUACAACCCUUUGAACCUGGUAUUUGCACA